GUUGUAGUUCGGGGCGUGGUACACCCGAGCUGACGCCCUCUCGGCAGAUUGAGGACUGGUGCUGAGACCCUCCUCAGGUGUCUCGUUGGGAAUCGGUGGCGCCAAUGGCAAGUGAGACGGCAGCUUUGGAGACAGUGACUCAAGAAGCAUCUGCGUCGGACAUGGAUGUGGCCGAUGUUGGCUUCGAGUCCCUACCCGGCUAUGCCAAGCUGUCAUGCAAUCAGUGCUUAUUCUUUGCUUCGCAGCAGGGAUGCUCCAAGGGCUCCUCGUGUUCCUUCUGUCACCACCUGGUGACCGAGGAGGAAGCGCAGCUUGCGGCAGCCCGUCCACGCAAGGUGCGACGCAAGCGCAUCAAGGCGAAUCUCAAGGAGAUGCUACAAAAGUUGAACGCAUCGAACCAGCAGCCUGAGGAGGUCCUGCGUGCUCUUCAGGCUGAGGCCCAGAGGAACCAGUACGCGCGCUUGUUAGGGCAACACUUGGUGGACCGUUGGUUGGACGACAAGGCCCGUGCCUCACGGAGGGCGGCAGUGUUAUCUGCCCCGGCAGCCAGCGUGCCUGCGGGGCUGAUCUCCAGUGGCACGAGCAGCAGCGCGAGCGGCAGCGCGAGCGGCAGCCCUGAGGCCAAUGGCAGUGAUGCGGUGAGCCAAACCGCAGAAGCUCCUUCAGACGAACCCCAGGAAUUUUGCCGUGCACUGCUCCGCUUUUCGGUUUAGGUGCCACCAUUCCAGUUUACCAGCUGUGGUGAUUCCCGGCUGCCUAAUUCAGAGGUAUUUCGAAGCCUGCGACCUGUUCCAUCGGGAGGCCAAAGCUACUGCACCCGUGACC